AUGAUCAGUAGCCGUAUCGCUGCUGAAAAUUCAACAUCAACAGCCCAAUCAUCAACAAAUCAAAUAAGCGAUAAAGAAAUUUUUAUCAUUGAUGGAAUAAUCCUUGGAAUUGUUGUCACUCUUAUCGUCGCAUUUAUCGUUAGCUACUUCAUUCAUCAAAACAAGCAGAAAGAGACAAGCUCUCAACCAAUGCAGAUGAAUGCUUUAUAA